CACAGAUUAUUAUCGUCUGUGUAGGCAUAAAAUCAUUUAUAUUGUCAUCGGUAGCCGUAGAGGCAUGAGUGGUGGGUUUGUAGCAUGGUUCAUUUCAAACACUAUAUCCUCCUUAUUUGUACUGCUUUUUACUUAUCAACUUGCCCUUCUUCUCAUUAUCGGCGGCGUCGUCGAUUCCUUAUUCCAUCUCUAAUUCCUUUCGAAUUUUGAACUCCCGCUGCCUCUCUGGAAUGGACAACAGAAAAAGGCCCGGGAAUCUUUAUUCUUCAGCAAACAGUAUGCUUUAUUUGGAUCUCAAGGAUAUCAUCAGGGAACAUGCCCUGCCCAACCUUCCAGCUAAAGCACUGUUCAGAUUUAUGGCUGUUUGUCGAGACUGGAAGCUCCACAUUUCAGCACCAUUCUUUCACCACACGCAAUCUCUUUGUUGCCGUGCAAUAGCAGGCAUAUUUUGUCAGGCUCAUGGAAAUCCUUUCUUCUUACCAAUUCACCCAAAUUCUUCAGGUGUUCCAGAUCCAUCUUUGAGUUUUCUGCCUGAGCCUGUUGACAUUAAGGCCUCAUCUAACGGACUGCUGUGUUGCCAAGGACGAAAUGAAUCCAGGUCUUACUACCUGUGCAAUCCAGCUACAAAACAAUGGAACAAACUUCCAAAUCCAACUGCUUUUCAUGGCCCUGAUCCAGCACUUGUGGUUAUCUUUGAACCGUCAGUGCUCAACUUUGUGCCUGAUUACAAACUCAUCUGUGCCUUCCAAUCUGCAGAUUUUGAUGAUGCAAUUGAGUUUGAAGUAUACACCUCCAAGAGCAACUCGUGGAGUGUUUCCGGGGAGAUCUGUUUUGGAGCAAAAAGGCGUGUGCUCGGGUCUGGGGUUCAUGCAAGUGGCGCUGUUUACUGGAACAUUGUUGGGGGUGGCAUAGUUUCUUUUGACCUAUCAAAAGAUAGGUCGCAACUUCUACAAAACCAUUGCUAUGAUAGAAACUGCGUUUUGGGAACAUAUGAUGGAAAGCUCUGUAAGGCUGCUAUCAAUGGCCUUUCAGUGUCUAUUAGUGCUUUGGUUAAUGUGCAUACAAAUACAAUGCAAAUGCAAUCCAGAGAGAAUAUGUGGGAACGUGUAAAGAUUGUUUCUUUGAAUGGAAAUAUGUUUGACGGGGUGAAUGCUACCAACUGCGACAUUAUUUCUGUCAGCAGUGAUGUUCUGGUCCUUAAGUCUGGGAUUAAGUUAUAUUCCUACAAUAUCAAAUCCGGAGAAACUGCACCACUGAACCAGCCGGAUUCACACUCAUAUAAUGCUACUACAUGUGUGCCCUACGUGAAUAGCCUCGUUUCACUCUGAGCUUACUCUCAAUUGAUCUGAUGUACUUACUGUCUCAAGCAGCCAAGAUCCCAGUUUUAUCACUGAUCAAUCUAAGACUUUCAUAUAUUUCUAUCGUUUGUGGAUGCUCUCUCUAUCUCCGACUUUCUCACUUGUUUUAUGGAGUAUUUCAGUCUCGGAAUUAAUUGUGAAAGAACUU